UCCCUUUGUGAUUAGGAGAAGGCAUGCUUGCAUGGUCUCACCUUUUGUUACCCAAAACAUAAAGUGAGCUCAGAUAAAAACCAUUUACUUUUGCUGCUAGCAAGGAGAUUAUUGACUUAAAUGUGCACUCUCUUUCAUCUUCUUGUACACAAUUGUACCUGUUGAUCAAUAUUCUUUGGGAAUGAGUCCUUUUUGAAUGCAUCUUGUCUGGAAAGUAUUCCUUGGUUGUCUGUCCCUACAUCCUUGGUGUUAAUUCAUGGCAUUUUUCUUCUUCAAGACAUUUGAAGAUGCGCCUUUCUGUUAUGGCUGUGUGAUCAUCAACACAAAGUCAUUGUAUUAGCUUCAUUCAACCAUAGCAAUAUUUUUGAUCAGCUUUCAUACACUCCUGAGGAUUCUUUGAGUUCUGUGGGUCACUGGAUACAAAGAUUUAACCCAAGACUUAUACUCUGGAUAUAUCUAUUGUCUCCCUUCUUUGGUCCAAUGAUUAAGAGACACCGACCUCGGACAGCAUUGUACACAAGAUUGAAUGAAAUCUUUUACAUAUUUUCAGGAAAUGACCUGAACAGCUAGAGCAAGUACAGACUAUAUGAAUGGACUAUCUAAAGGAUGAAUUCUCUAUUGUUAGAAAUAUCAGUUUUUCUCUGCACCUUUGUGGCUUGUCAUGGGGUGGACAAGGCAUCUCUGCCCAACAUAGUCAUUCUCUUUGCUGAUGACCUUGGAUAUGGAGACCUAGAAGUCUACGGUCAUCCGACGUCGUCAACUCCAAACCUCAACAGACUAGCAGAAGGAGGGCUUGUCUUUACCCAAUUCUAUGCAGGUGCUCCUGUCUGUAGCCCUUCCAGGGCAGCUUUGUUGACUGGUCGUUAUGCAGUACGUUCAGGAAUCUACCCUGGAGUUCUAUACCCAGUCAGUACUGGUGGCCUACCCCAUGAUGAAACAACCAUCGCUGAGAUCGUCAAGACCAAAGGCUACAGCACAUCCAUGAUCGGAAAGUGGCAUCUAGGUGUUGGGGAGAAUGGUAUUUAUCUACCAACCAACCAAGGUUUUGAUGAAUAUCUUGGAGUGCCUUACUCACAUGACAUGUGCCCUUGCUACAACUGCUUCUACCCAAAUGAUCCAUGUUGGAGCACCUGUGACUUAAACUUCACCUACUGUCCUUUGUUCCUAAACUCUGACAUUCUGGAGCAACCUGUCGAUCUGACAACCUUGGAUGCAAAGUAUGUCCAACAAGCUAAAACGGUCAUCAAGAGAAACGCCCGAGCAGGCACUCCAUUUUUCCUGUACUAUGCAUUCCAGCAUACUCACACUCCACAGUUUGCAAGUAAGAAGUUCCGCAAUGCAACGGCCAGAGGAACUUAUGGAGACUCACUUGCAGAGCUGGAUUGGUGUGUUGGUCAAGUGAUGGAACAACUCAAGUUGAGUGGAGUCCUUGAUAACACUCUUGUCCUCUUUACAUCUGAUAAUGGACCCAGCUUGCAAAGUGAGAAGAGAGGCGGGGAUGCUGGACUCCUCAAGUGCGGGAAGGGCACCACGUACGAGGGUGGACAGAGGGUACCAGCUAUCGCUUACUGGCCCCAACACAUCGCUCCAGGUCGCACUACUGCACUGGCUAGCAAUUUGGACUUUCUACCUACCAUUGCCAAUCUUGUUGGUGCAGAUCUGCCUUCAGUAACUCUAGAUGGAGUAGACAUGGCACCUAUUCUCUUUGAGGGCAAGAAGGGUACAAGGGAUACAUUCUUCUACUACUACUUUUACCCCUUUCAGAAGAUUGGAAUCUACGCUGUCCGAUACAAUCAAUACAAGGCACACUACUACACCCAGGGUGCUCCCCAGUCAAAUAACAACCAUGACAAGGAUUGUCGGCCCUCACGGUACCCUACGAGACAUAGUCCCCCACUGCUCUACGACCUUAACGUUGACCCUGGUGAGAAAUACAGCCUUCCUCCAAGGGAGUAUCGUGACAUUCUGGUCAAGAUUAAUGAGAUCAAAACACAGUUUGAGGGUACAAUGAUCUGGGGCGAUUCCCAGGUAAAUAAGACGCCAAGUCAAGAUGUGGAACCGUGUUGUAAGAAGGACUGUAUUCCAUUCCCAGAUUGUUGCCAAUGUCAUCAGCGUUCAUGGUCAUCAUCGCUCUUAUUAUCAACCCAUGGCAAUAGAGAUGAUGCCAAAUUAAGAUGGACCAUGGACUGAUUUCACACUAUUUCUGUGACUGAUAAUCUGGCUUGGGUGUCCCAACUGAAUAUUUUAUAUAAUCUACUCACAUGUCAUAAGGACCAAGGUGUAGAAUCCCAUUCAGAGUAUCGAAGCUUUAUACCCUU